CGCCAUUGCAGUGGAAAGGUGUUUUCAAGUCCGCUGACUGUGCAUGAAACACGGUCAUGGCUAAUCUUCACGCCGAUAAAGAUGCAUUUUAUAGACGAAUGGGGAGGUUUUAUUCCGCAUGGAAUAAAGCUUCAGGUGGGGAACCUUUGGCACAGAUGGAUGCAUUGGUGGCUGCUGUAGGGGUGGACGAGGAAGUAGUAUACUCAAAAUCUACAGCAUUACAGACUUGGCUGUUUGGGUAUGAAUUGACCGACACUAUUAUUGUCUUAUGUGAAAAUUCUAUCAACAUCCUUGCCAGUAAGAAGAAAAUAGAAUUUCUUAAGCAGAUCGAUUCCUCAAAGGAAAACGAUAAUGGUGUUCCAACCAUUAAUCUUCUUGUUCGAGAUAAGGGCGACAAAGACAAGGCCAACUUCAAGAAACUGGUGACUGCUAUUCAAGAGAGUAAAAAGGGCAAAACUGUUGGAGAUUUUUCAAAGGACAAGUUCCCUGGUGAUUUCAUGAGCUUGUGGCGAGCUGCUCUUAAAGGAGAAGGUUUUGAGAAAGUUGAUGUCAGCUCUGUUAUGGCGUAUGUGAUGGCUCCAAAAGAAGAAUCUGAGGUGAAGGUUAUACAGCGAGCCUGUACUGUAACUUGCGACAUCUUCACAAAGUAUUUGAGGGACCAGAUCAUGGAGAUCAUUGAUGCCGAAAAGAAAGUGAAGCACUCCAAGCUGGCAGAUGGUGUUGAGUCAGCCCUUCAAAACAAGAAGUAUGUGACAGGUGUGGACACAUCACAGCUAGACAUGUGUUACCCAGCUAUCAUACAGAGUGCUGGAAAAUACAGUCUGAAAUUCAGCACCACCAGUGAUGACAGUGUACUCCACUUCGGGACCAUUAUCUGUGCAAUGGGAGUGAGAUACAAAUCCUACUGCUCCAACAUUGUCCGCACACUGUUUGUAGACCCUACAGAACCGAUGCAGAAGAACUACGAGUUCCUCACUCUGGUGGAAGAGGAAAUUCUCGGGAAACUAAAGGAUGGUGUCCGACUUAGUGAAGUAUAUGAACAUACUGUGAGCUAUGUCAAGAAGGAGAGGCCAGAAUUGUUAGACAAGAUGACGAAAAAUAUUGGGUUUGCAAUGGGCAUCGAGUUCAGGGAAGGUUCUCUUCUCAUCUCGGGGAAGUCGAGCAUCAAAGCUAAGAAAGGGAUGGUGUUCAACAUCAACGUUGGUUUCUCUGAUCUGAAGAACAAGGGAGCAAAAGACAAGGAUAGUGAAGUUUACGCUGUGUUCUUGGGAGACACAGUCAUGGUUAAUGAGGGAACACCAUGUACAUUGCUGACAACAAUGAAGAAGAAAAUCAAACAUGUAGGAAUUUUCCUGAAAGAUGAAGAGGAAGACGAGGAGGAGGAGGAAGAGGAACCAGAACAAGAAGCACUCCUGGGGCGAGGACAAAGGAAUGCUCUGCUGGGAACUAGGACUAGGACUGAAAUGACAACAGAGGAAAAACGAGCAAAACAUCAGAAGGAGCUCUCUGAGAAACUGAACGAUGAAGCCAAGGAGAGGCUGAAGGGGAUGAAAGGAGGCACAGAAGACAAAAAAGUACGAAGAUCCAAUGUUUCUUACAAGAAUCCCUCAUACAUGCCACAAGAAUCACAGUUACGAGAACUGAAGCUAUUUGUUGAUAAGAAGUAUGAGACAGUGAUCCUUCCUAUAUUCGGGAUUCCCACACCUUUCCAUAUAUCUACAGUAAAGAACAUCAGUCAGUCAGUGGAAGGUGACUACACAUACCUACGUAUCAACUUCUUCCACCCUGGGUCAGCACUUGGCAGGAAUGAUGGAAACCUCUACCCACAACCAGAUGCAACAUUUGUUAAGGAAAUUACUUACCGGAGUUCAAACACAAAGGAACCUGGAGAGAUAUCGGCACCAUCCUCCAACCUUAACACAGCCUUCCGCCUUAUCAAAGAAGUACAGAAGAAAUUCAAGACACGAGAAGCUGAGGAGAGAGAAAAAGAGGGAAUUGUCAAACAAGACACACUCAUCAUCAACCCAAACAGAGGAAACCCGAAGCUGAAGGACCUCUACAUCAGGCCCAACAUCGUCUCCAAAAGAAUCUCAGGAACACUGGAGGCACACACCAAUGGUUUCAGAUUCACAUCUGUUCGAGGUGACAAAGUGGACAUUUUGUACAACAACAUAAAGCAUGCCUUCUUCCAGCCAUGUGAUGGAGAGAUGAUUAUUCUGCUCCACUUCCAUCUGAAGCAUGCCAUCUUGUUUGGUAAGAAGAAACAUGUCGAUGUCCAAUUCUACACAGAAGUUGGAGAGAUCACAACAGAUCUGGGAAAACACCAGCACAUGCAUGACCGAGAUGAUCUACAUGCAGAACAGGCUGAACGUGAGUUGAGACAAAAGUUGAAAUCAGCAUUUAAGAGUUUCUGUGAAAAGGUAGAAGCCAUUACGAAGCAAGAUAUUGAAUUUGAUUCUCCAUUCCGAGAGCUUGGUUUCCAUGGCGCCCCGUACAGGAGCACAGUGCUGCUACAGCCCACAAGCGGUUGUGUUGUUAAUUUUGUGGAGUGGCCACCAUUUGUGAUUUCACUGGAGGAGGUAGAAUGUAUCCAUUUUGAGAGAGUCCAGUUCCACCUCAAAAACUUUGACAUGGUGUUUGUGUUCAAAGAUUACAGCCGGAAAGUAGCCAUGAUCAACUCCAUACCAAUGAACGUGUUGGACAACGUCAAAGAAUGGCUCAAUUCCUGUGAUGUGCGGUACACUGAAGGAAUUCAGAGUUUGAACUGGUCCAAAAUCAUGAAAACUAUUACUGAUGAUCCUGAAGGAUUCUUCGACAGUGGUGGCUGGACUUUCUUAGAUCCUGAGAGUGAUGCAGAGCAAGUUGACGAUGAUGACGAUGAGGAAGAUGAGGCAUAUGCACCUACAGAUGAGAGCAACCCUGGAGAAGACAGCAGCGAGGAUUACUCAGAGGAGGAGAGCGACUGGGAAGGAGAAGAGGAUGAGGAUGAUUCAGACGAAGACCUUGGGUCCAGUGAAGAGAGCGGUAAAGAUUGGGACGAGUUGGAAGAAGAAGCUCGCAGAGCCGAUGCUGAAGGCGAUAUGAUGGUGGAAGAGCCACGCAGCCAUCACAAGUCUCAUCACAAAUCUCAUCAUCGAUCGCCGAGCAAGUCAUCAUCCCACAAGUCUCAUCACAAAUCUCCAAGUAAACCCAGUAAAUCUUCUCACAAGUCUUCUUCCCAUAAAUCACCGAGCAAGUCUUCAUCACAUGGAAAAUCUUCCUCGCAUGGAAAAUCUUCCUCACAUGGAAAACCCUCCUCACAUGGAAAACCCUCUUCGCAUGGAAAACCCUCCUCGCAUGGAAAAUCUUCUCAUUCAUCAUCCCACAAAUCUCCAAGCAAAUCGUCAUCCUCUUCCUCCAUCAAGCGGAAGCGGGAAGCAAGUGGAGAUCGAUCUGAGAAGAAGAAAAGGAGAUGAAGAGAUGCUGAAUCAUCAACAGAUGUUGAAUGAGAAUAAAAAUGGGAAAUAUCAUGUACAUUUAGUGGGCAUGUUAAAAGCUUAUCAUCAUGCUGUUGAAAACAUUUAUCCGACAUGUCCUUUUAAUCAUUGUUAUCAAUGUCAGAACAAAGAAAUGUGAUAUUGUACUUUAAGUUGUUGUAAGUACACAUGUUACAAGCAUUUUACUGCUACUAUGUAUAUUAUUGUUUUUCCUGACGGUAUUUCGUAUGAUUGCAACCUUAAACAUAUUGUAAUAUUGCACUGAAAUUACAUGCAAUAUAUUCUCACUAAACUACUCAUUUCAUAUGUGAAAAGUUGUUCAUAUAUCACAACCAAUAUUAGGUUUCAGGUUUUGAGAUAUUAUUCAUCAAUAAAACUUGUUUUUGAGCGUAACAGGAAUUGAUUGUACAAAGUAAGCAUUUAAUAUUGCUGACAAACGUUUUACUCUAUAUACAAAAUGUAAAUACAUAUGAUGUAAAAAGAGAAUGAAUAUAUUGGGGUUUUACAAACAAUAAAUUAAUUCAAUAGUGGUCGUGAUAUACGAUUAUUACUUCACAUACAUGCUUACCAACCUUAAGAAAAUGUUCCAUCUCGUUUCAUCUUGGCUUAUCUCAUCAGUUAAGUGUCCUGUACAUAAACAUUUAUAAUGCUUACAUGUGCAUGCCAGUUUAUGAAGAAUGUAGUUGGGACCACACUUCUGAACGAUCCUGCAACAUUUACAUCAUCAUAGUUCCCUUGUUAUUGUAAACCUAAAGACCAGGGCUGUUUUCGUUUUUGUGGACCAAACAGAACGACCAGUUGGACCGUUGUUGUUCGUUUAUGAAAUAAACACGGACCUGAUGAUUUUAUAAUUGUUUUCAGACGAGCCUUGACAAAGACUCCCAAGGCAUAUAUUAACAUUUGCAGGUCUGUCAAGAUACAUGUUUGAAAUAUUACAUUUAAAAACUAAUGAACCGGUUUGUCCGCAUAAACGACCAGGCUCCUGUACUCUGGUACAGCAUCUUCAUAGAUUUGUUCAACAUUUAAAAAAAAAUCCAUUUGUUUUGGAAAAUGACAUGUUGCGUAACAAAUAACAACCUAGGUCUAGUCCAUGUUUGGAUUCAUGCUAGGUCACCUAAAGGUUUAACGUAGCAAUAUAAUCUUUGUGAAAGAAAAUAGGGAAAUUUUCAUUUGCUUGGUUAAAUGCAAAGAAAGUUUCAACUUCAGAAGACUGCCACAACCAUAGUGAACCAAAUGUACAGGCUGCAGGAUCUUAACUAUUUAUUUAUGGAAAUAAGGUUUACAAAUGGAUAAAAGUAUUCGCUUUCCAAGAAGCUAAGAGGAAAACCAACCAUAACCAAACAACAGCAUUGCGUUACAUGGAAAAGCAAACAAUGUCCAACAGUACUGUAUGAUCUCUGACUUUAUCAAUUACAUUUUGUUUGCAAUUAAGUUGUGCCUCUACGAAUGGUGACAACACAGACAGCAGAUAACCAACCAUUGCCUGUAAAUUAUACUAGUGAGAAAUGAUUACUGAGAGGAUGCAAAUGCAAAUGAGCAUUAAUUUCACAUGUUACUGUGUAAACAUUGAGAAGAUGGCAACUUUUUACUGAAACAUUGUACUUUGGGGGCUUUGCAGUCAAAGGAAUGUAUAAAGACUAUAUCGAAAAAUUACCAGAGUAUGCAUUCUGCUACACAAUAUAUGGUCUCGUAAUAUCAGUGCUAAAUAAAAGAAAUGAACAUCAUAAA